CUACUAGUUUUAUUAUAAUGUCACAUUCACAUAUACUUACUUACUCCAACUGAAGAGGAUGAUUUGGGAGAUCUAGGGUUUCAAGGUUCACAUUUGCAAGAACAGAUCUGUCUACAACUUAAAUUGUUAUACUGAGUGCCGGUACCGUACCGGUACUGUAACAAACCAAACUGAUACCAAGUUACCUACCAAAUACCCGCCGCAAUGCGCGAGGAAUCCCACUAGUUAUACCUUACAUCACAAAUGUCCGGUUCAAAAAUACCGCUACCGCCACUUCAGCCUGGUGAGUCAUGGAAACGGAAACAUUCAACUUCGAAUGCACAAGUAGAUGCCAACAUGGGUGCACGAUCGUCGAAACAAGCACGUCACCGUGCCUCGAUGCUUGCCAAAAGAGGUCAAAUUGUUGAAAUACAUAAUCGUAUUCUUCCUUAUUAUAACAAGCUUCAUGAUCAUCGGAACAAAGGUCAAAAUGCUGUUUUGUUUGACGGGCAGGUUAAAAUCUUGGCCUAUUUUUUCUUUAAACGAUAAUCCUUUUUUAAACGAACAAAAGAUAAAGUAUAUGUUUAAACAUUUUUCUACUUUUUACUUUAUUAACGGGAUGUUGCAGGACCGGCUACUUAAGGUGAUCAGUUUUGUAUCGUCAUUACUGGAUAACAUGAAGAAGCCUAUUUUAAUAAUAGCUUCUUCCAGUGCUCGUUUGUUGUGGGAAAGCGAGUUUUCAAAGUGGUCAAAGUCGAUCAAUGUUGUAACGUACAAAGGGACCAAAGAUAUACGGGCUGCCAUUAGAGGUUCAGAAUUUCAAGUCCUUUUAUCUUCUCCAGACGCCAUUGUGGAGGACAUGGAAACGCUUGUUCAUAUUAAGUGGGAGCUGUUAGUGAUAGACGAGUGCCAACACCCCGUAAUUUCAAUGCAUUUAAAGACAAUUCAGAUGCUUAUGGCUGAUAUGAAACUGUUAACGAUUUUUGGUGAACCAGUGGAUGUUUUCCAGAUUUCACUGGUUGAUUGCAAAAAUGAAAAGAUACAAAGUGACGCUGACAUGGAAAUGAACGAUGAUAUUAGCACAUUGAAAGAAAGACUGUCGCCAUUUAUAGCAUUCGAUUGCAAGUUCAGCACCCCUGAUCUUAAAGAGUACUGGGUCCCAGUUCAUCUUUCGUCAACGCAAGACCGUCAUGACACACUCAAUCUAAACCAAACAGAGCUCAACCGGAAGAGCACACCUAAAGACACUAGCACGGUUAAAGUUCUUCAAAUCCCUGCAUCUACACUGGUUCAACCUAACAACCCAUAUAUGAUCAAUGGGCCCACCACCGGGCCACUGCGCUUUCAAGCCCCUCAUCUAAGGUCAAGCCCAUCGUCGUUUGCAUCAUUCCGCAACCAGCCCACCAGUAGCGAACCCGAACCAUCUCUCGAGCCAUUGCCUAGUUUGUCAGCUACCCAAACAGUUGACAAACACGACCAUGUAUAGAAACAAGGUCAAACAGUUGACUUUAUCAAGUAUAUAGAGAUCUGACCAAACUUCCUUAUUUACCAUACGUAGCCUCAAAUCGUGGCACAUUUUGAUCUUGCAAGUGUGUCUGGGCACUUGCUAUCGAGGUUUUUGGUAGCGUUUUUGGAUGUGUGUGGUUCGAUAUGCAUAUAAGUGUUCAUAUCUAGUAGUUGAACUAUCAAUUUUUUUUGGAAUUGCUAUAGUUAGGGUCAGCCAAUGUAUAUGUUACAACUUGAGGUUUGAUGUUUAGUAAAUAGUCAACCAAGUUAUAUUUCUGUUGCUAGCUGCUGAGUAGUUCCUUUGAGACUACAUUCUGUACUUAUUCAUAUUCAUUAAAAAAUAUACAGAAUUACAUGCACAA